UCCUCGGAGCUCGCCCGCGGACUCCCCACCCCGUUCCGCGCCCUUUGCCCUUCCCCGCAUCCAGUCCUCUUUCUUCCGUUGCUCCAGGAGCCCUCGGGACUGUUCCUCCUUUUGGAACGGGAAGGACUGCGGAGGCCUAGAGAGGGAAGGGAGACGACCGCUAUUCGUGCACAUCCCAGACUAGAACCUUGCGUGCCUUCCUUUCACUCUCUCAGUUCCUCCAGAUCCAGCUGGUGCCCUCGCCUGACGUUAGAACGACCACCGGCUCACCUCCUCCCUUUUGCGCGUUGAUUCUUCAGACUUCGAAAGGCCCACUGGUGCUGCUGCUGCCUCCACUGUACUCAGACCCGGGUAGCACAAGAUUGUCCAUCCUCCAGCAGUUCAGUGCAACGGUGUGAACUCAGCCUGUUUCAGAGCCUCCCCACCAUGACCUCCAAGAAGCUGGUGAACUCGGUGGCUGGCUGUGCUGAUGACGCCCUUGCUGGCCUGGUGGCCUGCAACCCCAACCUGCAGCUCCUGCAGGGCCACCGCGUGGCCCUCCGUUCUGACCUGGACAGCCUCAAGGGCCGGGUGGCACUGCUAUCGGGUGGGGGCUCUGGCCAUGAGCCUGCCCAUGCUGGUUUCAUAGGGAAGGGGAUGCUGACCGGGGUCAUCGCAGGAGCCGUAUUCACCUCCCCAGCAGUGGGCAGCAUCCUGGCAGCCAUCAGGGCAGUGGCCCAGGCUGGCACAGUGGGGACCCUCCUCAUCGUGAAGAACUACACUGGGGAUCGGCUCAACUUCGGCCUGGCCAGGGAGCAGGCCCGGGCUGAAGGCAUCCCGGUGGAGAUGGUGGUGAUCGGGGAUGACAGCGCCUUCACCGUCCUGAAGAAGGCAGGCCGGCGGGGGCUGUGUGGCACGGUGCUUAUACACAAGGUGGCAGGUGCUCUGGCUGAGGCAGGUGUGGGGCUGGAGGAGAUCACAAAGCGGGUGAACGUGGUCGCCAAGGCCAUGGGUACCCUGGGGGUGAGCUUAUCCUCCUGCAGCGUCCCUGGUUCCAAACCCACCUUCGAGCUCUCGGCCGAUGAGGUGGAGCUGGGCCUGGGGAUCCACGGGGAAGCUGGUGUGCGCCGGAUAAAGAUGGCAACUGCUGAUGAGAUUGUGAAACUCAUGCUCGACCACAUGACAGACACCACCAAUGCGUCCCAUGUGCCUGUGCAGCCCGGCUCUUCAGUUGUGAUGAUGGUCAACAACCUGGGUGGCCUGUCAUUCCUGGAAUUGGGCAUCAUAGCCGAUGCUGCCGUUCGCUCCCUGGAGGGCCGCGGGGUGAAGAUUGCCCGUGCCCUGGUGGGCACCUUCAUGUCAGCACUGGAGAUGCCUGGCAUUUCUCUCACCCUCCUGCUGGUGGAUGAGCCUCUCCUGAAACUGAUAGAUGCUGAAACCACUGCAGUAGCCUGGCCUAACGUGGCCGCAGUCUCCAUUACUGGGCGGAAGCGGAACCGGGUAGCCCCUGCCGAGCCCCAGGAGGCCCUUGAUUCCACUGCUGUAGGAGGCUCAGCCUCGAAGCGGAUGGCGCUGGUGCUGGAACGGGUGUGCAGCACCCUCCUGGGCCUGGAGGAACACCUGAAUGCCCUGGACCGGGCUGCUGGUGAUGGCGACUGUGGCACCACCCACAGCCGUGCGGCCAGAGCAAUCCGGGAGUGGCUGAAGGAGGGCCCACCCCCUGCCAGCCCUGCCCAGCUGCUCUCCAAGUUGUCUGUCCUGCUCCUGGAGAAGAUGGGAGGCUCAUCUGGAGCGCUCUAUGGCCUGUUCCUGACUGCAGCUGCCCAGCCCCUCAAGGUCAAGACCAGCCUCCCAGCCUGGUCUGCUGCCAUGGAUGCCGGCCUGGAAGCCAUGCAGAAGUAUGGAAAGGCUGCCCCAGGGGACAGGACUAUGCUGGAUUCUCUGUGGGCAGCAGGGCAGGAGCUCCAAGCCUGGAAGAGCCCAGGAGCCGAUCUGUUGCAAGUCCUGACCAAAGCAGUCAAGAGUGCCGAAGCUGCAGCGGAGGCCACCAAGAAUAUGGAAGCUGGAGCCGGAAGAGCCAGUUAUAUCAGCUCAGCACGGCUGGAGCAGCCAGACCCCGGGGCAGUGGCAGCUGCUGCCAUCCUCCGGGCCAUCCUGGAGGUCUUGCAGAACUAGGAUGUGUGACUGCCUCCCUUGGCCUCAGCUCCUCUCACUGCUGUGCUGAGGUGGCCUUUGGCACUUCUUUCUGCCUUCCAACCGUCACUUUCCCCUGGCCUGGCUCCAUUGGCCCACCCUCUAAGUUGAGCAGGAAAUCCUCCACCAAGCUUCCAGAACUACAGACAGCACCCAGAGCGAGCUGGAGUGGGUCCCCGUGCCUCUCCAGCAUGCCCUUUCCCUUUGUGAGAGGGUGGAGUCCCUGGGUCAUGCCCUCCCCUGCCAGUUCUGGGCUUCAGAGAUAAGGCAUUUUCCUUGUGCAGCCUUUAUCUGGCAAUCCUGUUUUAAGACUCUCUGUGAAAUGCCUUCUGCACCUUAAUCCCAAUGAGCAUGGAAAAGAAAGUUAAUAAACUAUAAUACAUGGAAGCAAGAAA